CUCAACGGGAAAGUCUUUAAACAGUACUCUAUUGAUAGGCCCUCCUAUUCAACGCAAUUUAAUAGGUGUGUGCUUACGUUUCCGUCAACAUCCGUUCGUGUUUACUGCAGACGUUGUUAAGAUGUUUCGACAAAUUUGGGUUGAUGAUUCACAUGCUGACUAUCAGCGUAUUGUUUGGCGUGAAUCUCCUUCGAAAGAAAUCGAGCAUUAUCGUUUACGUACUGUGACGUACGGUACUGCACCCGCUCCAUUUUUGUCUGUUCGUAUUCUGAAACAACUUGCUGAAGAUUAUAAAUCAGACUACCCAAACGCAGCCCGAGUUCUCCUAGAAGAUGUCUACGUCGAUGAUGUCAUGACAGGAGCUAAAUCAAAGAAGGAACUUAUGGAACUACAAUCUGAAUUAGUAGCUCUUCUUUCCUUGGCCAAACUUCAGCUGCGAAAAUGGAGUUCUAAUUGUUCUACUCUUCUAGCUUCGCUCCCAAAGGAAGAAUGUGAAUACUCUAUUUUCGAUACGGAACGCUCAAAGUCAUUUGUUAAAGUACUCGGCAUGCAUUGGAACCCUUUAUAUGACGAAUAUUCAUUCCGCAUGUCAAAAAAUCUUCCAACCAUCUUGUUGACUAGGCGCUCGUUACUGUCAGAAGUGUCGCGAAUAUUCGACCCAUUAGGACUACUGGCACCAUCCGUCGUUCUCUUCAAAAUACUAUUUCAGGAACUCUGGUCAUCGAACUUAAAUCUUGGAUGGGACGACCCGUUGCCUUCAGAAUUAGCGGAACGAUGGGCAAAGUAUAGACAAGAGAUUUCGGAUUUUGAGCAGGUUCGUAUCCCCAGAAACUUGUUUGCAUCUUCAUUCGAUGACGUUGAGCUUCAUGGGUUCUGUGAUGCAUCCUCACUCGCUUACGGUGCUGUUUUAUACACUCGUUGUAAGACCACAGAAGGAUACAAAGUCAACAUUAUUGCAGCAAAGACAAAGGUUGCUCCAUUAAAACCGAUUUCGAUUCCUCGCUUGGAGCUUUGUGGGGCUUUGCUGCUAACUCGUUUGUUCAAUCUCAUAAAAUCAUCAUUUUCGUUUAAAUUUUCCAGAACUGUAGCUUGGUGUGAUUCUGAAAUUGUUUUGCAUUGGCUCUCUUCACCUCCUCGUCGCUGGACUACGUUCGUUGCCAACAGAACCUCUGCUAUAUUGGAAACUGCUCCAAGGAGUUGCUGGAACCAUAUUCGAUCCGAGUCAAAUCCAGCUGAUUGCGCAUCGCGCGGUAUUCUUCCGUCAAAUCUUCGAAAUCAUCACCUUUGGUGGACUGGUCCACCAUGGUUAUCCCUUGAGGAAAAUGAAUGGCCAAAACCAAAACUCGUGAACUUUAACCCGGAAGAGAACGAACUCUUACUCGAAAAAAGAUUGUCUCCACCUCAAGUUCUUCUAACGUCAUCCAACAAGUUUGAUGUCAUUGAUCAUAUUAUUAAUAAAACAUCAUCGUGGUUUCGUAUGCAAAGGAUACUCGCUUACGUCAUACGUUUCAUCUAUAACUACCUAUGUGAAAAAUCUAAUAAACCUAAUCGUCGAACCUCAUACUUAACCCUAAAGGAAAUCAUCGUCGCGAAAACAACUAUAAUUAAAUCCAUCCAACAAAAUUCAUUCAGUGAAGAUAUUCGUGCCCUAAUAACCAAAAAACAUCUACCCCAAAAAUCAAAACUUCUAAAAUACUCUCCCUUUUUAGAUAACAAAGGUCUUCUUAGAGUAGGAGGCAGGAUAAAAAAUGCUAACAUAUCUUAUAACAUAAAACAUCCUUAUAUUCUACCUAAUAACAAUUUUUCUGCUCUUCUUAUAGAAGAUAUCCACAAAGGUAACCUUCACCCAGGAGUUUCCGCAACCUUCGCCAUUGUAAAACAACAGUUUUGGAUCUUGGGCUCUCGUAACAUUAUCCGUAAGAUUGUUUUUGGCUGCAAUAGAUGUUACAAACUGCGAAAAGAUACCACUACGCAACUAAUGGGUGACUUACCAUCGCAAAGGAUAUCACAAAGCCGUCCGUUUUCACAUACAGGUUGUGAUUAUGCUGGGCCUUUUAACAUCAAGUUUUCUAGAAAUCGUAAUCCAAAAACAUCAAAGGCCUACAUUUGUUUAUUUGUAUGUAUGGCCACCAAAGCUAUUCACCUCGAGCUAGUGAGUGAUCUCACUUCUGAAGCCUUUCUCGCCGCUUUUCGUCGAUUUGUUUCGAGACGUGGACUCUGUUCGAAUGUCUAUUCGGACAAUGGAACCAACUUCCAAGGUGAACCAUUUACUGCAAUCCCAGAGCCAACUACUUUGGAAACACCAGUCAACCGACUCUCUCAUUGGAAUCACCUCCAAAAUAUGGUCCAAGGGUUUUGGAAACGUUGGCAUAUGGAAUACAUCACCACCCUUCAAGAACGUCCAAAGUGGAAACGAUCCACCCCAAACCUUAAUCCAGGAGACCUGGUUAUUAUAAAGGAGCCAAAUCUUCCACCAACAAAAUGGCUUCUUGGCAAGAUCGAAGCAACAACUCAAGGGUCUGAUGGUCGAGCACGAGUUGCUACUGUAAAGACCGCUGGCGGAACAUUUAUCCGUCCAAUCACCAAACUGGCACGAGUACCCAUGUCCUGAAACUCGUUCCAGGGGGGCCGGAAUGUUCAGGAUUAAUCAAACUACAUUUAAACUCAAAUCAUUAAUUAAUUUCAUUUCUAGUUUUGUAAUAUAUUUGAUUGUAAGAAAACCCUGUUUGGAAGAUUAUUCGCGCGACUCACUGUACUUACUUAAAAACAAACAACUUAUAAUCCGCUUAAUCCUCAUCCAAGGCCAAUAAUUUGCAUAUUGUAAUGCAUUGUAUUUAGAUGAUUUGGUAUAGAAAAAAAACCACUAUGUAGGUAUCAUUCGAUGUAAGACAAUUUUAAACUUUCCUUUUUUGUUUGACCAUCGCCGUAAACACA